UGCCCCCCCCCCCCAAUGCAGCCACCCGGAGUCCAUGCCUGGGCAGCGCACCUGGGCUGCCACAAGCGGCCGCCGCGGGUCCGGCCCAGCCACCCGCUGGUGCUGGCCAACCGCGUGCAGGAGCGCCGGCAGGAGCAAAGAGAGCGGCCGUGCGUGACGGAGAUGAUGGGGCUGAUGUCCUGCUGGAAGAAGAACGAGUUCAACAGCGACCUGUGCACCGGGGAGUUCCAGGCCUUCCGCGCCUGCCUGGCCGCAGCCGAGAAACAGUUCAUGAAACAGCAGUCCAUGGAAUACAUACAUGACUUAUCUCCAAAACAAGUGAACAGACUAUUGAGGCGGUUCCCUAAUAUCACACAUGAAAUUUGAAGAGAGACCUGGUUGUCCAAGGAACUGGAGAGCAGCAAUCAAAGCCAGGAUCACCUUUGGAGAAAGAGAGUUAAAAACAGAUAUUGAGCAUUUGAUGUUUAGGGGUUCUGUCAGAAUCGCGGAGGAGGUUCUUGACUGAAUUCUUGUUUUUUGGGGUGCAGGGGCUUGGUGGAGAUGGUUCUGUAGGACCCCUGGCUCUUGUGGUAACAAGAAGGGUGUUUCCUAACUGUUGUUCAGCAAGUCAAAGUGUAGAGUGGAAUCUUGUUUCCUUGUGAAAUAAAAUCUUCUAACAAAUGA